GAUAUAAAGCGCAGUUAGCGCGCAGAACCGUAUACCUGCGCCCAGCAGCGAUAGUGACAUAAUGGUCACGUUAAUAGUGAAAUUCCUUCUGUCGGUUUUUCUGACAAGCGGCGUUAGUCUGCAAGCUGCAUACUUUUACAAGUGGACGGAUGACGUGACGGGAGAGCCCGUCACGUGCAGGCGGUGUCCCCCUGGGACGUACUUACUGAAGCACUGCAGCCGCUCUGCCAGCACUCAGUGUGCGGCGUGUCCGGAUAUGCACUACACGGAGUACUGGAACUACGUGGAGCGCUGUCUCUACUGCGGCGUCUUCUGUACGGAGGACCAGUACGAGAAAGUUAAAUGCGGCCCAAAACAAAACAGAGUGUGUGAAUGCAAAGAUGGAUUUCACUCGAGUAGUGGGUUUUGUGAGAAGCACCGUGUUUGUCCUGCUGGAGAGGGAGUAAUAGAAAAUGGCACUGUGCAGAAGGACGUGAGGUGUGCACCAUGCUCAGAAGGCACCUUCUCCUCAAAGCCCUCCAGCACAGAGAGCUGUCAGAUGCACUCUAAAUGCAAAUCAGGGGAGACCUCUAUUCCAGGAAACUCCAAGCAUGACACUUUCUGUACUACCUGUAAUAUUUCCACGGAUGGCACUGUCCAAGACAGGGCAGUUUGCGACAAAGCUGUCAUUGACUACCUGAGCCUGCAGAUUCUCCCAGCAAAGAAGCUCUUCAGACUGAAGAAGGAUGCUAGGAAGAUCUUGGAUGAAAGCACAAACAACAUGUCUUUGACAGAGCUGCUCGUCUUAAUCCAGAAUAAGUACCAUGACUAUAAAUUUGUAAAUAUCGUGCAGGAACUUCUGAAAAAAGCAAAGCUUAACACUUUGGAACACAAAGUUAUGAGAUGGUUUUCAGAUGAGAAUAAAAGGGAAUGGCUGACACUUGAAUGGAUGCAUAGACUCUACAUUGACUAGACUUUUGUUGCCAGUCAGCUCUUCUCCAGAAGAGAUUAAUUUCAAACAUUAUCAAUAGCCAAUUAUUAUUAUCACCCCAGUUGUGGGGGGAUAGUCAUUCCAUACCUCUGUAGUUGUGUAUCUGAAUAUGGGUCUAGCAUUGUGUGUGUAUGUGUGUAUGUAUGUGUGUGUAGUUAUCAGAACGGACAUGUUUACAUUGCUUAAGCAUUAUGUGAAAUUGUCAGCAUAACUGCGCAUUAAUUAUAAUUGAAGAGAAAAUUUCCAUAAGUCCCUUAGUCAGUUUUAGCUGUUUAUGAGAUGAGAUAACAAAUGACCUGAAGUCAGGAUUUCUCAUAUGUUAUGGUUAAGUCCACAGAAGUUUCCUCAAACUUAGGUAUCCCAUAGACUGAGUGAGUUGUGGAAAUUUGCUUUUGAAUUAGAAUUAGAAUCUAGUAGUGUCAUCGUCAUUUAACCAGAUUUAAAUAUUUUCUUUUGAAACAUUUAUUCAGAGCUUAAUUUAUUCAUCUUGUUAUAUUUUUAUAUGUUUGUACAAAAAUAUUGAACAUACCUUCUGAUAUAUUGUCACAUCAAGACAAAGUUUGAUAAAAAUGCACCCCUGUAUUUGAAAACUGUUGAUUUUUUCAGACAAUAUAAAAUGAACAGCAUGAAAA